CCUUUCCUACAGAAAAAAAAACAUUGACAUUCAUUCGACAUUUAUAUAUUUCGAAAUUUUUUUUUAUUUUAAAAAUCUUGAUUAUCGAUUUACAACGCUUUUACAUUUUAUAUAUAUAUGAAAGAUGGUCCAAAAUAAUCAACAUCAUCAUCAUCGUCGUCGUCGAAAUUUAUUGCAUAAUGUUGAUAAUAAAAACAGACAUUCAAAUGAUGAUGAUGUUGAUGAUCAACAAAAUGAUGGCCGCCAAUCUAUUAAUAAAGAUGGUAACAUCAUUGGCGAACAAAAUAAUUCAAAACAACAACAACAACAACAACAUCGAUCUAUGAACAGAAAUGUUUUCAGUCAUGGUAACCAUAGUCAUGUUUAUUCAAUAUUAUCAUUGCCAAUUUGGUUACGAAAAAUUAUAAUAUCAAUGUCAAUCAUGUUUAUCGUUUAUAUUUAUCAUCAUCAUUAUAAUAAUAAUAAUCAAAAUAGAAAUCAAUUACAAUCAUCAACUAAUAUAACAAUGGCUUCAAUAAACGAUAAUCAUUUAGGAAGUCCAUUUGGACAAUUUAAACAAUGUUCUAAUGAUUAUGAACAAGAUCGAUUACAAUUUAAAUCAUGUACACCGUAUAAAUGUGGCCGUUUUGUUAGCGAUUCAAUUGUCAAUGAUAAUGAAGCAUUAGAAUUGCGAUUAUUUGCUCAAACUAUAUUCACAAUGGUACAACCAAAUGGUGGUGUUGCUAUUUUUGAUCUAGCUUCCGGUGCCUUAUCAAAUGGAACACAAUUUAUAAAUCUUUAUAAAUUAUUAAAACAUUUACCUGAUCCUGAAAAGGUGAUCAAACAAAAAAUAUUCGAUACAUUUCAUGUUGUACGGAAGAAAUUAUUACAAACAAUUACAAUGACAUUCGGUAUUAAAAGUGAUCAUCUUUAUUUAACAAGUCCAGUAUUUUUUACAAAAAUCAAUUCGAAACAAGCAGCAAAAACAUUAAAUGAUGAAUAUUGGCAUCCACAUAUCGAUAAAUUUACAUACAAUACUUUUCAUUAUACAUCAUUACUUUAUCUGGCCACAUAUCAGGAAGAAUUUUCCGGUGGUCGAUUUAUUUUUAUCGAUAAUGAUGAAAAAAUUAACAAUACUAUUAUUGAACCAAAAUUUGGUCGUAUAUCAUUUUUCACGUCCGGUUCAGAAAAUCAACAUAUGGUCGAACAAGUUUCGAAUGGUGAAAGAUUUGCAUUGACCAUUCCAUUUACAUGUGAUCCAAAUAAACAGGUUAUUCUACCGACAACAACCAUAUAGAA